UUCUUUCCAAAUCAUAUCGCGGUACGUGAGGGACUCUCUUCUCGUUCUCUUCCUGCUAUAAUUUAGGCUCAUGCUAAAUCGCAGGCUAAAACUAAAUGGAUAUUUAUUCAUUUUUUUAAAAUAAACCCACAACUAAAGGUGAGGGCUGACUCUAGCUUCCACUAUCAACAUCUACGCAACUCGGAAAAGAGGGGGCUGCUACACUAGGUUUCGUCCUCCGGUUUCGUCCCCCAUAGGACCCAACCAGAUCUUGAGAUCUCAUGAGCCUGGAAGUUACCUAUUAAAUUCAUAGGAAUGCUUUGCCAUCCUUGUAAUUUUGCUUUUGUAUGCUUUAAAAUCAGAUAAUAAUCAGAUUAACAGCUUAGUUUAUAAUAGUGAGUGAUGAAUGAGUUGAAGAAGUCUAGGUAAUCUUAGGGAAAAGAAUUAGAUAUUGCUCAGCUUGUCAUGUUGUGAAUAUCUGUUUGGAUUGCAAUUCUUGUUUUAAAGGCAAAAUUGAUGAAAAGACAUUUUUGGAAUAGGCUGGGUUUAAAAAAAAAAAAAGGAUGUUCCAUUUUAUUGUCUAAAUGCUUUUUUUCCUUUUUUUUUCUCUUUUUAAUGGUCAAAAGGAUGCAGUUUUGGAUUUGUCUUGAAAGAAACAGAGAUAUAGCCUCCAUACACUCUUAAGUGCAUUUUUGAAACAACACAAGGAUGCCAAGACCUUCUCUUCUCACUUUGAUACUGGCCAGUGCUCUAAUUUCUGCAGCUGGUGGAUAUAGUAUCAGGCUGGUGAAUGGUAGCAAUGACUGCUCUGGGAGAGUGGAGAUCCUUCAUAAUGGUCAGUGGGGAACAGUGUGUGAUGAUUCCUGGGACAUAAAUGAUGCUGCUGUGGUGUGCAGACAGUUGGGAUGUGGAGGAGCUGUUAGUCCACACUUCCAGGCUUAUUUUGGCCAGGGAAGUGGUCAGAUCUGGUUGGAUGAUGUGAGAUGUUCAGGAAGUGAAUUAUCCCUCACACAGUGCCCACGCAAUUCUUUUGGAAGCCAUAACUGUGGUCACAGUGAAGAUGCAGGUGUCGUCUGCUCACAGGACAAGCUACCAGACAUACGAUUGGUCAGUGGAUCUGAUUCAUGCUGUGGAAGAGUGGAGAUCCUUCAUAAUGGUCAGUGGGGAACCGUGUGUGAUGAUAGCUGGGACAUGAAUGAUGCUGCUGUGGUGUGCAGACAGUUACAGUGUGGAUCAGCCAUCAGAGCACCUCAAAGUGCUGCCUUUGGUCAAGGCAGUGGAUCGAUCUGGCUGGAUGAUGUUGGAUGCUCAGGAGGUGAAGGAAAACUCACACAAUGUUCACACAGAGGACUAGGAAAACACGACUGUAAUCAUGGUGAAGAUGCUGGUGUUGUUUGUUCAGCAGGUGACCUGCAGAAGCCCACACUUUCCCUGAUCUCCACACAUGCAGUUGUUUCUCCUGGAGAAAACAUUCAGUUCAGAUGCACAACACCUAAAUCAAGAUGCAAUGCUGAUGCUGAAUUCCACCUCUUCAUAAAUGGAUCAUCUAUAUUAUCCUCUCAGAAACAUGUAUCUGGUGUGACUUUCAACCUUGUUAAUGUAGGCGUCUCACAUCAGGGCAGCUACAGCUGUAAUUACUCCUACAAAAACGGCAUUAUAAAGUCACCUUGGAGUGACACUAUUAAAAUCACUGUGGUGCACUUGCAGCAGCCCAGCAUUCCCCGCUUUGCUCCUGAUGGACAGUUUGAUGUUGGGCCUCAGGGGUCAGUGAUCACCAGGGGUCACAGUUUCACUAUCAUCUGUUCCACUGAAUCUCAGUAUCCUGGAGGCUCCUUCUACCUGUUUAGAGAAGCAAAUAUCGCCAGGAGUCAGUCAGCUGUCGAUCUGUCUGCCUCCUUCUCCUUUCCUGAGGCAGAUUUUUCACACGAGGGAAACUACAGCUGUGUUUAUGAAGUAAUUUUGUCCUCACGCUCCUUCCGUUCAUCUGCCUCUGAACUGCUGGUCAUCACUAUCACAGUGCACUUGCAGCAGCCCAGCAUUCCCCGCAUUGCUCCUGAUGGACAGUUUGAUGUUGGGCCUCAGGGUUCAGUGAUCACCAGGGGUCACAGUUUCACUAUCAUCUGUUCCACUCAAUCUCAGUAUACUGGAGGCUCCUUCCACCUGUUUAGAGAAGCAAAUAUCACCAAGAGUCAGUUAGCUGUCAAUCUGUCUGCCUCCUUCUCCUUUCCUGAUGCAGAUUAUUCACACGAGGGAAACUACAGUUGUGUUUAUGAAGUCAUUUUGUCCUCACGCAUCUUCCGUUCACCUGCCUCUGAACUGCUGGUCAUCACUAUCACAGCCUCCCUGCUUCCUGUCAUUGGUGCUGCGGUGUCAGCUGUGCUGCUCUUAUUGUCUGCCCUCAUAAUCAUCCUCCUGGUCAAGAGAAGACAAAAACAAAGGAAUAAGGAAACUCAACUGAAGUGCUCUUUUAAAAAAAGCUAAUGUCCAGCUAAUAUGUAUGCAGGUACAUCCUAUGACAACAAAAAUGAGGAUGAUGAUGAGGCUGAUUAUGAAAUCGUAGAAUCUAAUGAUAAAAACAUGGAUCAUGAUGACUCUGAAGAGGACUAUGUCAAUGUGGACGCGGAUAACUCUGAAGAGGACUAUGUCAAUGUGGAUGUUACAGAGAAUAAAAGUGUGGUACACAAAUAUGAUGAUAACAUUUAUGAAUAGGCUUAUUGAGUGAACCCAAUAUGCUGUAAUUAAUGAGGCUCCAAACAGAUUAAAUAUUGCAGCCAAGUCCAGUUGACAGUGAAUGAAAGAAACAGAGACUACAAACAAAUCUUUGUUUGGUCUCACUGUCUUUUUUUUCUAAUGAGGAUUGUUUUCAGAUAAUACAACAAGAGAUAAGCUAUUUUAUGGUUUAUAUGAGUCAAACAGUUGGACUAUUUAGUGCUCUUUCAUUUUCAGUUGUGUUGCCAGUUUUCAACCUGUGCUCCAAACCCCCAGUGGGCCAUGGAGGUACUGCAGGGGGACUGUAAAUAAUGAUUUAAAAUAUAAUUUGUCAGAGCUAAAUAUCAUAAUAUUUUAAAUUAUUAGGAUCUUGAACAUAUUGAAAAAUAGGUAAUUAAGUUGCAAGUUUAAAUUUUGCUGUGCUUUGCUGUAUAAGAACUACAACUUUGGGCUACGAAGUGUAACCUCAUAUCUAAACAUUACAUAUUUUUCUAUCGCAAAUGUUUUUUUUAGUAUGAUUUGAAAAUACAGCCUAUCAUUUUCGCAAUUGAACAUGACGAUACAAAAACAUUGACAGAGCUGUUUUCAGCAAAGAUUAAGAAUGAAUGUGUGCAUGUUGUAAAUAAAUUUAAUGAACGUG